CUUUGAUAAACAGGAACAGCGUUGAAAAAUGUCGAAAAAUGUGCGAGUUUAGCUUUUAGAUUUUUUAUCUUAUUUUACUUUUUUUUUGGAAUAUUUUUCAUUUCUGUUCGCACGAAAAACACUUUUUCAAUACGAAAAAAAAAAAAAUGCUGCCGAUUCUGUCGACGCUGACGAAGAAGCAAAAGUUGGGCGUGAUGGGUCUGUGUCUGUUCUUCGGCGGUAUCCUCAUGCAGACGACCCUGACGCCGGCGAUGAUGAAGAUGGGCACGAAACAAAUAUCGGCACUGAGAAAGGGCGGCGUGAUCCGCAAGAUCUGGAGCAAGCUGCCCUUUCCCAUCGAGUUUCGCUUCUACAUGUUCAACGUGACGAAUCCGCGGGAAAUCGACCAAGGCGCCCAGCCCAUCGUGCAAGAGGUCGGGCCCUUCAUUUACGAGAUCUGGCACGAAAAGGUGGCGCAGGCGGACCGCAAGUCGGACGACACGGUGGAGUAUCGCGUCAAGAACACGUACUACUACAACAAGGAGCUGUCCGACCCGUUGACGGGCGACGAGGAGAUCACAGUGCCGAAUUAUUUUUUACUAGGAUUAGUUAGCGCAAUUAUGAAAAUACGAAAGAGCGCCUUGCCGCUGAUCGUGAAGGGCCUCAACAGUAUUUACAAAAAACCCUCGAGCAUAUUCAUGCAGGCGAAGGUCAAGGACAUACUGUUCGACGGCCUGACGAUCGACUGCAACGUGACGGACACGGCGGGCUCGGCCAUCUGCUCGGAGGUCAAGAACAAGUGGGAGGAGUAUCAUCUGUACAAGUUCGACGAGGUCACCUUCGCCAUGUCCCUCAUCGGAUGGAUGAACGCGACGGACACGAUCGAUCAUUAUCGGGUGAAGCGCGGCAUCAAGAACAUCAUGGAGGUGGGCAACGUCGUCGAGUACAACGGCAAGACCAACGUCUCGGUGUGGAACGACGAGUUCUGCGACACGUUCUACGGCACCGACGGCACGAUUCUCCAUCCGUUCUUCGACAAGAAGGGCCGCGACACCGUCGACGUGUUCGUCGCCUCCAUGUGUCGCAGCCUCUUUCUCCGGUACAAGAGGAAGAGCCGCUACGCAGGCAUAAGCACGCUACGCUACGAGGUGGACAUCGGCACGGACAUGGACAAGUACCCGGAGCAGAGGUGCUACUGCGAGACGCCGGACGCGUGCCCGGACAAGGGCACCUACAAUCUGUUCAAGUGCGCCGGCCUGCCCCUGAUCGUGACCAAUCCGCACCUCAUGCACGUCGACCCGACCAUCGCCGAGACCGUGGCCGGACUCGAGCCGAUAAAAAGCAAACACACGACGAUGGUCGAUCAGGAGCCGCAGACGGGCGCCAUACUGCAGGCCUACAUACGCGCCCAGUUCAACUUCUUCAUCGGCAAGGUGGAGAAGUUCAAGAUCAUGAAGAACUUGCCGGACGCGCUGCUGCCGCUGCUCUGGUUCGAUCAGAUAAUCAUUCUGCCGCGCUGGAUCGUGCGCCUCAUCAAGAUCGCCUACUACUUCAACAAGUUUCAAACAUUGAUGAAUUACUCGAUGAUGCUGGUCGGCCUCGGGCUGUGCGGCUACGCGGGCUACGACUAUUACAGAUCGCGCCAGGUGACCAAAGUCACGACGAGCGCCGGCCGCAGCUCGGCCGUCGAGGUGCUCGGCAAAAACAAUAAUCAUCACGAUAACAACGACGAUCGCGAUCAGAAUCAAAUGUACGAAGAGGAGCCGGUGACGCCGAUCAGCAACUGGACCCCGGCGAAACAGGAGGUGACGAGGAUCAACGUCGUCAGCAGGAACGGCAGAUUUUUCGAUUGAUGGAUUAAGAGAAAAAAUUACUUUUUUUUGACAAAAAUA